AUGUCUACUUCAACUAAAACAAAUAAAAUACAACAUUUUGAUAAAAAACUACAUAAUCUUCUCAUUCAUGCUUUAUAUCUUGAAGAAGAGGUUUAAUAACUCUAAAGUUAUAUAACUGAGAUGUAAAGUGAAUAGAUUUAAGAGCAGUAUAACUACUAACAUAAUGAGCUCCAUGGCAACUUCUAAUAAAAAAUUCUUUAGGAAUCACUUUUAAAUAAUGACAUGUAUGUCUAAAUUCCCCAGAAUAUGCCUUAAAUAUCAAUUGAAUUACUUCCACUUCCUAAACCCGUAAUCUCAACUGAUCCUAUAGAAGCAAAGCCCAUUUAUAUAACUGUACCAGAUAGAAGUAAAAUUCCAACCAAGAAUUAAUUUGCAGAGACUGUUAUUAUCACUAAUAAUGCAGAUAAUUCAGCUAUUAAUGUCAUAAAUAUCGACGAUAAUUAAUUUGACGAUGGAUCACUUGAUGCUGAUAAUUAGAAGCUUUUCGACGAUAUAAACAGCAAAAUGGGAAUCUUAUCAUACCUACAAUAAUAGCUUCAAUAGUAAAACGCUGCUAAAUAAUUAGUUUUGUUCUAAGUUUCUGCUCUUGAGUGA